CCUUCCUUCCCUCCUCGGUCCGGCCUCCUCGUCGUCCUCCACCACAUCGCAGCUUCGCUCGUUGCCCCGCCUCGCUUCGCCUCCUGUCGCGCCCUUCAGCCGCCGCGUCCACCCGAGCAUCCCCUGCUCCCAGCCGCUGCCUUCCGCCGCCUCCGCCUCGCCUCGCCUCGCCGCGCCCGCCCUCGUCCUCACGCUUCCUCGGCGGACCUCGCCGUCAGCGGAUCCGGCCGCGCGGGGUGCCGUCGUGAGCCGGCCCUGCGGCGCGUGGGCAGCAGUGGAGCGGAGGCCCUCCUGCGGCCCGCUCUGAGGAGCAAGCACGCGGCACGAUUUGCUGGCUGAGCUCUACACUGGUUCUUGGAGGUUUGUGACAGACUACCGGGGUGAACACACCCAAGCAGAAAGGGGGAAAAAGGAUAGAGAAAGAAAGAUCUCAAUGGUUUGAAGUCUUCUGUCAGAAACAAGAGCAAUGUGCUGUUGUAGAAGGGGCUUGUUGAAGGAGCAUCCCAUAUAUUUGUAGGAGAUACCUGUACGCUUUACUCAUGGGCGACUGGGUUAUAGGGGCGUUGAUAAACAUUGUGGGGAGUGUUGCCAUAAACUUCGGUACCAACCUUCUGAAAUUGGGCCAUGAUCAGAGAGAAAAGCUUUCUGCAAUUAACAACAGUGAGGGCAAUGACAAAUUCGUUCCAAAAUCAGUUAUGCAUUUCCAGACUUGGAGAAUAGGUAUACUCUUUUUUGCUGCUGGGAACUGCCUCAACUUCAUGUCCUUUGCAUAUGCUGCACAGUCACUUCUUGCAGCUCUUGGAUCAAUCCAGUUUGUGUCCAAUAUUGCAUUUGCCUAUUUUGUGUUGAACAAGACUAUUUCAGUGAAAGUCAUGGUAGCCACAACAUUCAUCGUCUUUGGCAACAUCUUCUUAGUUUCCUUCGGCAACCAUCAAUCACCUGUUUACACACCGGAGCAGUUGAUCGCAAAAUACAGCAAUUUGGUGUUUGUUCUUUAUUGCAUGUCAUUGGUCUUUGUGGUUGCAUUCAACCAUUAUCUCUAUAGGAGUGGAGAGAAUAUUAUUUCAAAUAGUUCGAAAGAUGCUGGUACAUAUUGGCGAACAAUGUUGCCAUUUUCUUAUGCUGUUGUAUCGGGUGCUAUUGGAUCUUGCUCAGUCUUGUUUGCAAAAUCAUUGUCUAAUAUGCUGAGGCUAACUAUGAGCAGCAGAUACGAGUUCCAUAGCUGGUUCACAUACUCAAUUGUUCUGCUGUUUCUGUGUACUGCAGGAUUUUGGAUGGCUAGAUUGAAUGAAGGGCUGUCAUUAUUUGAUGCAAUACUGAUUGUUCCAAUGUUUCAAAUUGCAUGGACCUUCUUCUCUAUUUGUACAGGAUUUGUUUACUUUCAAGAAUAUCAAGUAUUUGAUACUCUCAGGAUAAUUAUGUUUGUAUUGGGCAUGACAUUUGUCUUCUUGGGGAUCUCCUUGCUAGCACCCGAUGACAGUAAAGCAGCUGACACCAAAGAUGGUUUGAGUGCCACCGAGGAAUCCAUAAUUGAUAUGGACAGAAAUGGAAAGAUGCAUAUGGAGGAGACACAAGCAGAUGGUAGCAAUUCCUUUGUAUCUUCUGUAAAAGUAAAGGCAAGACGUGUAUUGUUGAAGGCAAAGUCGGCGUGCUCCAUGUCCCUUGGCCUCGGGGAGGAGAGCAUAAGCGCUUCCUCGGUGCUUGCAAUGCCCAUGGUCUCAUCAAGAACAACUGGCUUCAGAGGAAUCGGAAACGACCGGUCGAAGUAUGUCCCCUUACGAACCACAGAUUGGAGUAAUCUAUAGCCGAUGAUGAUCUAUAGAUACACAGCAAAGGUCUUUACUUUUGAUGUUGCCUACGGAUGCCAGUAAAGUUUUUUGUUGCUCCCGAGGGCAAUUGUCUGUUCUAAGUCAUAGUUAGAUGUAGCCUGGAAGAGUGUAUAGUCCCCCCCUCCUCUUUAAACACUGUCCAUACCCAGGUUGUAAUUCUUGGGAACAGCUGCCCGUACUACAUGUGUAAACAACCCGUUUUAGGAUAAAAACUCAGUGAUUCGAUCCA